AGAUUGUGUUCUUCUGGUUACUGCUGGUUUCGUUCAUUUCUUUUUCUGAGGACUAAAUUGUCAUAAAACUUAAACUUGUGGGCCAUUUCAUAAUUUCGAAUAAUUUCUAAAAGUCGCCGCCGUCACUAAACACGAUUCAUCAAAUGCGAUACCUUAUUCGCGCACACCUUGCGAAUAAAUGAAUCAAACAUCCACAAAAUCGAAUCUUUCUACAAUGGAAAAGGGAAUUGUAGUAGAACUGAUUAGAGGGUCGACCAAUUUGACCAAAGUUGUGGAAGAUAUCGUGAAGCUGGAGAAGAAAACGUUCCCUAAACACGAAUCUCUCGCUCAAACUUUCGACGCAGAGCUGCGCAAGAGAAACGCCGGUUUGCUAUAUGUGGAAGCCGACGGAGAAACAGUGGGCUAUGUUAUGUAUUCUUGGCCAUCUUCACUUUCCGCUUCCAUCACCAAGCUCGCAGUGAAGGAGAAUUGGAGGAGACAAGGUCAUGGAGAAGCAUUGUUGAGAGCGGCUAUCGAAAAGUGCAGAAGCAGGAAGGUGCAACGGGUUUCACUUCAUGUCGACCCCACGAGAACUUCUGCCGUGACUCUGUACAAAAAACUUGGGUUCCAAGUAGACUGUCUGGUGAAAAGCUACUACUCUACCGAUAGAGAUGCUUACAGAAUGUACCUAGAUUUUGAUGACUCCAUUUAGAUUCAUUGGAUUUGGCUGGUGAAUGUCUGAAUGAUAUGCCUUGUACUGUUGUACACACUCAUUGAUUACUUCUCUACAUCAAUAUAUGUCUAGCAACUUCUUCAUGA